AAUAAAUAAUUAUCUUAAAUGGAUAAAUUACAACCAUAUCUCACAAAGGCUUAAGACUUCUACAGGAAAUUCUAUGAAAAGAGAGGAAAAAAAGGAUUAGUGCAAGCAGCAGCUCUGGGUCUUGGGUUGUUGUUCCUCCAAUAUUAAGUGCGAAAACACAAUGGGUGAAUUAUGUAAUUUAUCAUAGAUGGUUAAAGAAGAAGAGUGUAGCCAAUUAACAUGUCUUUAUUACAGGAGGAGCCAGUGGUAUUGGAAGAAACAUGGCAUUUAGAUUUGCUAAAUUAGGAGCUAAAGUAUUUUCAAUUUCAAUACACCAAGAUCUCAAUUGUUGAUUUGAAUACAACUGCCUUGUAAGAAGUGGUAGAUGCAAUUAAUAAGGAGUCAGGGGAUAAAACCGCAUUUGGAGUUUAUUGUGAUGUCAGCGAUCCAUAAUCUGUGAAAAAUGCAAUUUCAGAAUCCAUUAAUUUCCAUAAAAAGAACAUAGAUAUUUUGAUUAAUAAUGCAGGAGUUGUGAGUGGAAAAUAACUACUCCAAAAUUCAGAAGCUGGUGUUACUAAGACUAUCAAUAUCAAUACAACUGCACAUCAUUGGACUGUGAGAGAAGUCUUAGGAAAUAUGAUUGAAAAUAAUCAUGGCCACAUUGUUACCAUAGCAUCAAUUGCAGGCUGGGUUGGAGUCAGAGGAUUGGUUGAUUAUUGUGCUUCUAAAUUUGGAGCUGUUGGUUUUGAUGAAUCCCUUAGAUUCGAAUUAAGAGCUAAAAAAUCUAAAGUGAGAACUACUUGUAUUUGUCCAUAUUUCAUCAACACUGGGAUGUUUGACGGAGCUAAAUCCAAGUUCCCUCUUCUAUUCCCAAUAUUAUCUGAAAGUAACUAUUCUCACAUAUCUUUAGAUUAUGCAUCUCAAAGAAUCGUCAAUGCAAUUCUCCAAAAUGAAACUGUUGUUAUUAUGCCAAUUAUCCUUAAUUUUGCCAUUAUUGUGAAGGCCAUAUUUCCAACAUGUGUGUAUGACAAUAUGAUGGAAAUAUUUGGAGUAAGUGAAUCGAUGGAUCAUUUUAAAGGUAGAGCAUAAUCAAAAUGAAAUAAUAUAUAAAGUGUCAUUAUUAGAAUAAUCAC